AUGAAGAUGUAUAGGGAAGGGGACACGGAGGAGCAGAUCCAGGAACUGAAGACCAUCACACGGCUCCAGGAGCAGUGCCGGGCACUGCAGAUCCAGUCGGUGAAGGAGAAGACAGUCCACAGCAAGGCAACCAUGGCCCUCCUCCGUGACAACAUCCGCCAUGGGGCCCAGGACUGGGCUCUGGCCAAGAAGUACGACCAGUGGACCAUCUCCAAGGCCUGCCGGACCGACAUGCCCAUGAGGCUGGCGCACUGCCGCAGCACCAUGGAGGUGGCCAGGGAGAAGCUGCGCAAGUACGUCUUCGACCGCGUGAACGUGCACAAUGUGCUGAUCCACCUGGUGCGGCGCCGCGGGCAGAAGCUGGAGAGCAUGCAGCUGGAGCUCGCCAGUCUAGAGAGCCAACCGGACGCCACCAAGGAGGAGCUGCGGAUGCUGCAGAUCAUCCGCCAGCUGGAGAACAACAUCGAAAAGACCAUGGUCAAGAUCACCACGAGCCAGAACAUCCACCUGCUGUAUGUAGGCCUGCUGGAGUAUCUGAAGAAAGAGCUGGCAGAAUACCCCACUCAGCUGGACAAACUGCAAAACCGCGUGGUCAGCUACUGCUCAGAGCUGUCGGACAUGACGGUCAUGUCCCGAGAUGCCAUGAUGAUCACAGACGAGGUCAAGAUGAACAUGAGCCAAGCGGAGGCAUCCUUCAUCGAGGAGCGGAGGGCACGGGAGAACCGGCUCAACCAGCAGAAGAAGCUGAUUGACAAGAUCCACACCAAGGAGACCAGUGAGAAGUACCGGCGGGGCCGGCGAGACCUGGAUUUCCCCUCCAACCUGAUGAGCACAGAGAACCAGAAAGUGAAGCGAAAGGAGACCUCCAAAGCUGACAUCGAAUACCAGGCAGAUGUGACCGCAAUGGUGGAGCGUGUGAAGAGUGCUGUGCGCUGCUCCCACCUCUGGGACAUCGCCGGCCGAUUCCUGGCACAGAGGAACACGGAGGAGAACCUGGAGCUGCAGAUGGAGGACUGUGAGGAGCGGCGGAAGCAGCUGGAAGCCUUGAUGAAGAAGCUGGAGCUGGAGCAGGCAGUGCUCAAGUUCCAGCAGAUGCCCAGCUCGGUCAGCUUUGUAUCCAUCGAGAAUAAAAUGAAGGACAUGCUCCAAGAGGAGGAAGACCGGCUCCAGCUGGCCCUCAGCAACCUGACCAAGAGCCAGAAGCUGCUGCUGACCAUCCAGACGGGCAUCGACAACCUCUACAUCCGGCUCAUCGGUAUCGCCACGCCGCCCGGCCAGAAAGAAGUGGCGGUCUCCAGUCCCCUCGAUGUGUACAGCAAGCUGGCGUACUGCGAGACGAAGCUUAUGUACCUGGUGGACAGGGUGCAGACGCUGACCAGGACGGAGGAGGUCGGCACGAAGGUAAGGGACAUCCUGGAGUCCUCCACGUUGAAGGAGAAGCAGAACACCAAGAUCAGCUUUGAGGAACUGGAGGAGGAUGUGAUAGAAACCUUCCAGUUUGCCGACUUGGACCACAGCUACGUCCCUUCGCGGGCCGAGAUCAAGAAGCAGGGCCAGAGGCUGAUAGAAGGGAAGCUCAAGAUGGCCAAGAAGAAGAAGAAGUAG